CUUUAUCACUCAUAUUAAACUUGCUAUGUCGCCAAAUCGCUGUCAGAAUCGAUUCAAUUUUAGAGAUUUAAAAUAUGAUUUUUCCCCGCGAAAUUAACGCCGCAUUGACGCUAAUAAUAAUAUUGAUAAAGAAGGGAUAUUCGCAAGACGAAGACGAACCAAAGCGUUCGGUUUUCUGUAGGGAGCGCGAUAGGCCCAUUUCAACCGAAUCUGGAGAUUUAUUCGAAUUGUUCGCCGUAGAAAUUGCACAGGACGUAGUUAUGCAAUGCCAUUAUUGUAAACAACAAGAUAACGAGGAAUCCAAAAUUUGGUACAAAGCAAAAACUGUGGAUAAUAUAAAUCAAACCGAAUUAAAAAUUGACACGAAUAACAACAAAAAUUUAAGUCGAAUUUACGUCGACAUCGACCACUCUCUUAAAAUAUUAAAUAUUACGAUUAACGAUUCGGGUUAUUAUUCCUGUUUUAAUCCAGAAUGGAACGAAAACGAACGUUUAUUUAACUUUUAUAUUGAUGUAGCCGAUAAUUCGACGAAUAUAGAAGAAGGAAACUUUACUUCUUGGGCUAUUUACACUAACGAUUAUUUUAAACCCAUCAAUAAUUUAUUUAAUAACAGUAACGGGGCUAAUUACGUUUAUUUAAGGAAGACUUUGAAUGUAAUGUUGGAAUUAAUGACUAAAUUUUCUGCAUGGGGCCCGUGCGAGACUUGUGGUCGUCCUCAAGGGGAGGGAAUUCGAAAAAUGGCGGGAAUGUGUGCUGUUAAGAUCUCUCGAACGAACGGAACUUUUGGAAAGGUAUUAAACGAAACCGAAGCGAUAUUUGUUAAAUUAGACAAAAUAAGCUGUAAAUCUUUUCUUUUAAAAGAAUUAGUACCCAUGAUUUUUAACACAACGAGUGUUAUUCCUGAUUUUGAAAUUUCCGAACAAUGUCAAGGAGCUUGCAAUCCAGAUGCUGAAGGAGUUUAUAGCGGAUGGAAAUCCACUAAAAAAACCGGAUACAAAUACAGAAAAACUUUCGUGUUGACAGAAAAUUCGCAUUUAACCUUAGUUUGUCCUGAGUCUUCUUUAGAAAACAUCGUUUCAUGGAGUCAAAACGGCAGAAAACUCCCUCCCGGGGAAAGUGUUCCUCCUCCAAGUCCUGAUUUGGAACCAAAAAUAACUGUGGACACCUUCAACACUUUGUAUCUUCACGAAGUUACCAAAGAAGAAGAAGGAAAUUACACUUGCCAAGUAGAUGGCGUUCGAAUGCAACAAAUUAUGAUAUUUGUCGUUUCAAAAUCGAGAUUAUUAACGCAAGCUUUAUUACGUCACAUGAUGUAUUUAGGAUUUAUUCUUUCGUUAACAAUUUCUUGUUACAUUUCUGGGUUAAUUAUAACAUGCACGCGAAGACACAAAUUUAAAACUUAUCGAGAACUGCGCAUUAUAAAUCGUAAGAAAGAAAUUUUUAGCGAUUAUGAUGAAGAAGAAGGCGAAAACAGCGAUGAUUUGAAAGAAAAGGGGAAAAUUAAGCAAUCCACCGUUCAAGUUGGAUCGGUUUUUAUCCAAACUUGUUGUGGAAUGAGGGUGAAAAAUUCUGAUAAGGGGUUUCAAUUAAAAAGUAAUGAAACUUCCGAUGACGAUAGUUUUACUAGUUUUAGUAGUAAAAAAGAGUUAAAAACAAAUUUUGAUAAUACCAAAAAAUUUGUAAGUGAUUCUGAUGAUUGAUGUACAAUAACU